CAUGUUUUUCAAGAUUGUGGCCUUGAUUGUGUCAACUAUAUUUUGUCUUGCAAACUCUGAAGACCUUGGAUUCAUUUACAAUGGCUUCAAUAGAGCAAAUUUGAGUCUUGAUGGCAUAGCACAAUUGACAUCAAAUGGCCUAUUACAGUUAACAAAUACUUCUAGGCUGCAAAAAGGCCAUGCUUUUUAUCCCACACCAAUCAAUUUCAAGAACUUACCAAAUGAUUCAAAUUUCUCUUUUUCUACCACUUUUGUCUUAGCUAUUGUGCCUUUAGGUUUGUCUGGUCAUGGUAUGGCUUUUGUAAUUGCACCUGUUGGAGGGCUAGCCGAAGCACUUCCAAGCCCAUUUCUUGGCCUUUUCAAUGAUAACACUACUGGCAAAGACACUAACCACGUUUUUGCAGUGGAGUUUGAUACACUCCAUAACAGAGAAUUCAAUGACAUUGAUGGUAACCAUGUUGGAAUUGACAUCAACGGAUUAAAAUCUGUUGAAUCCAGGCGAGCAGGUUAUUACGCCAGCAAUAAUAGUGUCAAAUUCAGUAACAUGACUCUUGCUAGUGGGCAGCCAAUGCAGGCUUGGGUGGACUAUGAUGGUGUGGCUAAGCAAAUUAAUGUCACAUUGGCUCCAGUAAAUGUUGCGAAACCAAAUACACCUCUUUUGUCAUCAUUUUAUGAUCUGUCACCAAUCUUGAAUGAAACCAUGUAUAUCGGCUUUUCUGGAUCCACUGGCACAGUUGUUUCAACACAAUAUGUUCUUGGAUGGAGCUUUAAAAUGAAUGGAAUAGCUCAAGGGCUUGAUCUUGCUAGGCUUCCUAAGCUUCCUCGAGUUGGACCGAAGAAACAAUCUAAACUUUUGUUGAUUGCUUUGCCAAUGAUAUCGGCAGUUGUAGUAGUAAUAGUCUUCUCUGUGUUAAUUUACUAUGUACGAAGAAAGAGGAAGUUUGCGGAAUUGCUUGAAGAUUGGGAGCUUGAAUAUGGCCCUCAUCGGUUCAAGUUCAAAGAUCUUUAUAUUGCCACCAAAGGAUUUUCCAACAAAGAGUUGUUAGGUUGUGGGGGUUUUGGCAGAGUCUAUAGAGGAGUAUUACCAACUUCUGCAAUUGAGAUAGCUGUCAAGAGGGUCUCUCAUGAAUCAAAACAAGGAUUGAGGGAAUUUGUGGCAGAAAUUGUUAGUAUUGGUCGGUUAUGCCACAGGAAUUUAGUACCACUUUUGGGCUAUUGCAGGCGCAAAGGCGAGUUGCUUUUGGUUUACGAAUGCAUGCCUAAUGGAAGUCUUGAUAAGUUCCUAUAUGACAAACCAACAUGUGCCCUCAAUUGGAACCACAGAUUUCGAGUCAUCAAAGGCGUAGCGUCAGCACUAGUCUAUCUACAUGAAGAAUGGGAACAAGUGGUAAUUCACAGAGAUGUUAAGGCUAGUAAUGUGUUGUUAGACAGUGAAUUGAAUGCUAAGUUAGGAGAUUUUGGCCUAGCAAGAUUGUAUGAUCACGGGAGCGAUCCGCUCACUACACAUGUAGUUGGAACUUUAGGUUACAUUGCCCCUGAGCAAACUAGAACUGGCAAAGCCACAACCAUCAGUGAUGUAUAUGCUUUUGGUGCAUUUUUGCUUGAGGUGGCUUGUGGGAGAAGGCCAAUAGAUCCACGAGCAUCGGACGAGGACAUCGUGUUAGUCGAUUAUGUAUUUUCAUGUUGGAGUAGAGGUGAUAUUCUUGAAGCUAUAGAUCAAAAUUUGGGAAAUGAAUAUGUUAGAGAGGAAGUUGAGUUGGUACUAAAACUUGGACUAGUUUGCUCUCAGGCAGAACCAACUGCUAGGCCAAGUAUGAGGCAAGUGUUGAUGUACUUGGAAGAUGCUUUGCCUUUGCCAGAAUUAUCACUGAUACAAACUUCAAACACUUGCUUAAGCUUUGCAGGCUUUGAUCAUUUUGCGAUGUCACAUCCAUCUUCUUCUGACAAGCCAUGGUCUUCUUCUGUUGCAGACUCCAUUCUCUCCGGUGGUCGAUGACUUUGCAUAUUAUAUAUUUUUAUGUAUUCCUAGUAAAAGAAAAAGAAGCUUGUUAUAUUAGCCAUGUUCAACUAAGGUUGUAGACUUAUUUCAUUCAGUCAUCUUGGAAUGAUUACUUUCACUUCUUUGAUC